AUGAAAAAAAUAAGUGUGUUUUUAAUUAUAAUUUUUUUUAUUUGUUUGAGACAUGGAAGUAGUAUGAGGAAAAAGAGAGGAUUCAACAAAAACAGAAUAUUUUUAAAUAAGAGACUAAAAUAUAUAAAUAGUAAAAUAAUAAGUAAAAGAAAAGAAAAUUAUGUAAAAAUGAAAAUGAGCGAAAAUAAAGUUAAAGGAAAAGACAUAAUCUAUGGGAAUGAAUGUAGAAAUGAAUUAUUAAAAGGAAUAUUAACAGUAUCAGAUGUUGUGAAAUUAACAUUAGGUCCAAGAGGUAGAAAUGUUUUAUUAGAAAAGGAAUAUGGAAGCCCCUUAAUAAUAAAUGAUGGGGUAACUAUAGCAAAAAAUAUUUCUUUAAAAGAUAGAAAAAAAAAUAACGGAGUAAAACUAAUGCAAGAAAGUACAAAUAUAUCAAAUGAUAAAGCAGGAGAUGGAACUAGCUCUACAGCAUUAAUGACAGCAACAAUUACAAAAAAGGGAAUUGAAGAAGUUAAUAAUAAUCAUAAUCCAAUACCUAUACAAAGAGGUAUACAAUUAGCUUCAAAAAUGAUAAUUGAAAAAAUAAAAUCCUUAUCAACACCAAUUAAAACUUAUAAAGAUAUUCUAAAUAUUGCUACAAUUGCUAGUAAUAAUGAUGUACAUAUGGGUACAAUUAUUGCAAAUGCUUACGAUAAAUUAGGGAAAAAUGCAGCAAUAAUAUUAGAUGACAAUGCUGAUAUUAAUGAUAAAUUAGAAUUUACUGAAGGCUAUAAUUUUGAUAGAGGUAUAAUUAAUCCAUAUCUAUUAUAUAAUGAAAAUAAAGAUUAUAUUGAAUAUAGUAAUGUUUCAACUUUAAUAACUGAUCAGAAUAUAGAUAAUAUUCAAUCAAUUUUACCUAUACUAGAAAUUUUUGCUAAAAAUAAACAACCUUUAUGUAUUAUUGCUGAUGAUUUUAGCAAUGAAGUACUACAAACAUUAAUUAUAAACAAAUUAAAAGGAGCAAUCAAAGUGGUUCCUAUAAGAGCCCCAUCUUUUGGAGAUAGAAGAAAAGAUUACUUAAAGGAUUUAUGUAUUGUUACAAAUAGUAAAUAUAUAAGUGCUGACGUUGGUUUAGACUUGAACAACUUAAGUAAUAAUAUGAGCAGCUUUGAUAACAACUAUUUAUCACUAUUAGGAAGUGCUAAUACUUUAAUAGUUAAAAAAGAUAGAACGAGUUUAAUUACGAAAGAAGAAUAUAAAGGUCAAAUAGAUGAAAGAAUAAAAGUUUUAAAAAAAGAAUAUGAAGAAACAACUUCAAAAUACGAUAAAGAAAAAUUAAAUGAACGUAUAGCUGCAUUAUCAGGUGGAAUAGCUAAAAUAUUAAUAGGUGGAAACUCCGAAACAGAACAAAAAGAAAGAAAAUUUAAAUAUGAAGAUGCUACCAAUGCAGUUAAAAGUGCCAUUGAUAUUGGUUAUGUACCAGGUGGAGGAGUUACAUUUUUAGAAAUAAUAAAAUCAAAUUUUAUACAAGAAAUAUAUAAAAAAAUUGAAGAACAAUUUCAAAUGGAUAAUAAUAAAGAGGAUAAAAAAUAUCUUGAUUUAAUAGGAAAUUUAGAAUCAGAAAUAGAAUUACAAAAAAUAGGUGCAAAUAUAGUUGUUAGUAGUUUAGAUGUUAUUACUAAACAAAUAGCUGACAAUGCAGGUGUAAAUGGAGAAAAUGUUGUUAAAAUAAUUUUAAAUUCAAAAGAUAAAUAUGGCUUUGGUUAUGAUGUCAAUACUAAUAAAUUUGUUAAUAUGGUUGAAAAUGGAAUUAUAGAUAGUACUAAUGUUAUUUUAAGUGUUAUUAAAAAUAGUUGUAGCAUUGCUAGUAUGAUUUUAACUACUGAAUGUAUGAUGGUAGAUAGCGAAAAAAAAGAAAAAGGUAUAUUGGACCCCUCUUUAAAUUCACGUAAUUAUUUAAAUAAACAAAAAAAUUUUUUAAGAAAUAGAAAUAAACUUGAUGAUGAAGAUGAUGAAGACGAUUUAGAUGACGAAGAAGAUGACGAUGAAGAUGAAGAUGAAGAAGACGAGGAUGAUGAAGAUGAAGAUGAAGAUGAUGAGGAUGAAAUGAAUGAUGAUUAUAAUUAUGAUGAAUAA